GUCGAGUCUUACAGGAUACAGACAGUUCUCGUUUUAGCUUGUUAAUAUUAUCUAUUACUAUAGCCGUUCAUUUUCGGGACGAACAGGACGGGAUUCGGGAUAAUUGCUCGUAAUUCGGGACUGUCCCGAAUUUUUCAGGACAUUCUGGCCACCCUAAUACGGACACUGUAAGACUCCAGUAGAUGGCAACAAGGCAACACCUAGGACGCAAGCUGCCGUUAAACAAAGAAGAGAGAAGAUGACGCAAUAACGGACCCGGAAGUGCAGCGCGUAAACACAGCUGUGGAAGCUGUGUUGUGUCUUUCUAAAAGAUGGUGUACGUGUCCAACGGUCAGGUCCUGGACAGCAGGAGCCAGUCACCAUGGCGACUGUCCUUAUUGGUCGAUCUCUUCUGGGGCGCACUGGAGUUUAUCGGUCUGUUUUUUAAGACAUUGGUUCACCCUGACAUGACAAAGGAUGGGAUGUAUGGUUCAUCACGCUUUACUGAUGGCAGAGGUCCUCCAGGUCCCCCUGGUGGCAGAAGACGGAUGGGAAGAAUAUCCCAUGGUGCUGGUCCCAAUGCUCCACCAAUGGGUGGAGGAGGAUGAGGAAGGUAAACGCCUACACAUCCAGUGUAGGCGUGGGGCCUGGCACAGUGUCCGUUUGCUGAGAACCUAAAUAAAGAUGGUGACGUCACGGUGCUGUGAAGCCCCUCUUCAUCGGCUGCCGCUGCCACAAGCAGUUUUUUGACGCCUUUCUGGGAAUUCCUACACGUAGGGGCCAGAAUGGCUGAUACAGCAGCUAUCUGCAUCAUUUCCUCCCUUUUUCCUGCUUCUGCCCUUCCCCUUUCCUGUCACACCAGUCUCCUAGAGAUCUGUGUCACUGACAUCUCAUGAUUAUCCUUCAUGUAGUUAGUCUUUUUUUGUAUCCUUCUGUCGGAAUAAAAAUGUGUAUUGUAAAAACAUGUUACUUUUGAGUUUGUUGUGUUGCAUUACUGUCACACUUUGCAAUGACACAACUUGCCUCUAUGUAGAGCUGGACAAUACUGACAACAAUGAGAUGGCAUACUUUUGACUGUGCCUCAAUAUUGAUAAUGUGAGAAGAUAUUAUACAAUAUUAUAAAAUAUUAAAUCUAAGAAGUACACAAUUUUGUCUGAAAUAUAAUGUGGAUUAUGGUAGAGCAGGUGGAGAGGCAUUUGUCACUGUUAACUCUGCUGCAACAGUUGCAUAAUGUGUGUAAGAUGUAAAAGCAUUGAGUUACUGGGUUUGUGAAGAGAGAUUAUGUAUUAUAUCUCAUACUGGAUGCAACCUUGUGUUUAUAUUCAAUGUGUUCAGAACUCCAAAAAAAGGUGGAUUUUGUUUGUUUCAAUAAAAUACAACCAUUGUGUA